AUGACAACUGCCUGGUCCAUGGGUCCUGGUACAUUAGAAGUGCCCCUAUCGCUUUUCGCCAAAAAUAGGGAACGGCUUGCCCUAAAGUUAAAAAGAGGGCAAAUUGUAGUAUUGCAAGGUGGAGAUAGUAUUAAUCACUAUGAUACAGAUGUGGAAUAUGUUUUUAGACAGGAAUCAUAUUUCACAUGGGUAUGUGGUGUUAGGGAACCAGGCUGCUAUUUUGCAUUAGAUGUUAGCACAAAUAAAGCGCAUCUGUUUGUUCCUCGUCUUCCUGAAGAGUAUGAAGUAUGGAUGGGAAAACUUCUUACCUGUGAACAAUUUAAGCAAAUAUAUGGCGUUGACGAAGUACACUAUGUUGAUGAGCUACAAGAUGUGUUAAAACAUUUAAAUCCAGAAGUCCUACUGACACUUAGUGGACCUAAUACUGACAGUGGACUCACCGCUAAAGAAGCAGUCUUUGAGGGGAUUGAUGAAUUCCAAGUUGAUAAUGAAACUCUGUUUCCUAUCAUCGCUGAACUACGCGUUAUAAAAACGCCCGAGGAGAUCGAAGUGAUGCGGUACGUGUGCAAAAUAUCCUCAGACGCGCACAAACAGGUUAUGCUCCACGCGAAGCCCGGCUUAAUGGAGUACCAGUGCGAGUCGGUGUUCCUGGACCACUGCUACCGCAUCGGCGGCUGCCGCCACGUGUCCUACACCUGCAUCUGCGGCUCCGGUGACAACGCCGCCAUCUUGCAUUACGGCCACGCCGCCGCGCCCAACUGCAAAAUUAUCCAAGAUGGCGACAUCUGUCUUUUCGACAUGGGUGGCAACUAUGCGGGCUAUGCAGCCGACAUCACGUGCUCCUUCCCGGCCAACGGAAAAUUCACCGAGCGGCAGAAGCUGAUCUACGAGGCCGUGUUGGCUGCCAGGGACGCCGUAUUCAGGGAAGCAAAGCCGGGUGUGAAAUGGACUGAUAUGCACCUGACUGCCAACAGAGCGAUGCUCGAAAGUCUUAAGAAGGGUAAUCUGCUCAAAGGGGAUGUUGAAGAAAUGAUCUUGCACGGUAUUAAUGGAGUACUGCAGCCUCAUGGCUUGGGCCACCUGCUUGGUCUGGACGUACACGACGUCGGAGGAUACCUGCCCCAUUGCCCUCAGCGCCUUGGUGGGCCGCUGGCAAGGCUGCGCACCGCUAGGGUGCUGCAGGCUAGCAUGAUACUCACUGUGGAGCCAGGUUGCUACUUCAUACCCAAGCUUCUAGACAAGGCGCUAAAUAAUCCGGAGCAAGCGAGAUUCUUCAAUUGGGACGUAGUGAAUCAAUUCCGUGGUUUCGGGGGAGUUCGUAUUGAGGACGAUGUUCUUAUCACCGAAAGUGGCAUGGAAGAUCUUACGAGUGUGCCCAGAACGGUGGCUGAAAUAGAGGCUUUCAUGGCUAAUGGAGCAAAUUUUAAA